AUGAUUAGCAACGUUUACGACACAGGAGACCUUAAGGCUGAAUCAUCAGAAAUCAUAACAGAAGCAGUCGCGGCACCUCCACACUUCAAAAAACAAGUUGAACCAGAUUCAUUGCCAGCUGCCGACCAAACAGAUCACUCGAUAGAAGUGGUCGGUGACUCACAAACAUUCUUCCCUUCAUUCGCUAAUCUGUUCGAGCCACGACAACAGAACAAUUACCGACUGGGAUUCGGCAGCCAGGAAGCAGCUUAUAGUCAACGACCAAAUUCAUACAGAUCGCUUCUGAAUUACCCACUGUUUAAUGGAUUUAGGGGCUUGGAAAAUUUUGGGAAACAGAGCACACCCGCUUCGGAGCCUAUAGUAGAUGCCAGCUCCACUGUUCUCGGGUCUGGUAAUUUUGGUAUUAUACGAGGCGGGACCUUCUUCGCACAAAACGAUGAAGACGCUGAUUAUAAUGAUAAUUUAAGUUCGUAUUACAACAACGGUCACGGCAGGCCAUCACUCAACGUGGGCUACAUCGCUAACCCGCGACCAAAUUACAACCAAGAUCAAUUCGCCAACUUCAGAGACUUCGCUGACAUUAAUUCUCCAUCUGGUUCCGCUUAUUCACACUACGUCGUUGUGUAUGCAAAUAAAAACGCAACAAUGGACGAAAUCAGCGAAGAAACAAGAAAUGUUGUUAGCAAACCCAAGAACAUAAUAGAAACUUUGGAACAACUAGAAACUACGAGUGCACCAAAAAUAUCAAAAUCAAAAGCUAAAUUGGCAGCAACAAAGCAAAAGACGCUGAACAAAAAGGCUCAAUGGAAGAAGAGCAAUUCGAAAUAUUUCAGUCCAAAACACGACGCCGAAGAACCGUUACUAGCUUUAAGUUGA